AGUUUAGCGUAUGACGUCAACAUUGGCAUAUCCAUACCGCGAGCCGAUCCAGUGGCGGAGAAGGGAAUCUGAACGGCGGGAGAGACAAGUGAAUUUAAAACUGGACGUGAGCGCUUCAGUAUCAGGAGGAAGAUACACACGUUACAGAGAAUCAUUGAAGAUGAACACAGAGGUAAAACAAGAGCUGAAGUCAUCACAAUAUGAAACGAUGGACGUUAGCACCGCUGUGACAGAUGAGAGGUCACAGACAGAGGAGGCGGAGGGAGGAGAAGAGGCAGUGGAGAGGCAGGGAGAGGAAGAGGAGGCCCCAGAGAAGACCUCAGAGAGUGGAAUGGAGUGCUCAGAACCCACAGGAAACGAGGGAAUGACAGAUGGGGUUCCCGUGAAAACUGAGAGGGAAGAGUAUGACAAUAAUGAUGAUCAGUACCCCAAGAGUGAAGAAGAAGGUGAACGAGACAAUUACCUUUAUGAAGAAGAGGAAGAAGAUGAGAAGGAAAGGGAUGAGGAAGACGAAGGAGAAGAAGAGGGGGAAGGGGAGGAAGAGGGAGAAACCCUUAACGAACCACAGGACCUGUCUCUGGCAGAUUAUGUAAAGUAUGAGAGCACAGGCCCGCAGGACGCCCACACCAACUCCUCGUUGUACGCAGCAGUACCCCGCAGCCAGGCAGCAGGCAAGCUCAACUGUGACAUCUGUGGCCUGUCCUGCGUCAGCAUCAAUGUGCUGCUCGUGCACAAGCGAAGCCACACCGGUGAACGUCCAUUCCACUGCAGCCAGUGUGGUGCCUCCUUCACCCAGAAGGGAAACCUGCUUCGCCACAUCAAACUGCACUCCGGGGAGAAGCCCUUCAAGUGCCCUAUGUGCAGCUACGCCUGCCGCAGACGAGACGCCCUCAGCGGACACCUGCGCACUCACUCAAUAGAGAAGCCCUACAAGUGCAACCACUGCGGUCGCAGUUACAAGCAGCGCAGCUCCCUUGAAGAGCACCGAGAGAGGUGCCAUGUGUACAUCCAGAACAAAGGCAAUGCUGAGAGAGCCGGUGAGGACACCCACGUGUCCAGGACUACUCACAUGGGCAUGGAGCGCGCUCUGCUACUGGACAGGUUGGCGAGCAACGUAGCCAAACGCAAGAGCUCUAUGCCACAGAAGUUCACUGGGGACAACGGCAUGUGUCUGGACCUGAGCUUCAAAAGGGAGCUGAUCCACCACUCUGACGUCAUGCACCCUCCCCUCACCUCCCCAGGAUCCGAGAACCAACACAUCCACCAGCCCCUCUACACAGGCCAUGACCCUGACUCUGCCUCCCCCCACAGGGCCUACCCCAUCCCCCUGAGCCGCGCUGACAUGAGCCCCCUGGCCCUCACCAAUGGUCACAAGCUGGAGCAGCAGCAGAGCACCGGUCUCGCCUACCUGCCCCGGCCCAGCCAGGGCCACCCUAGCAUGGACUCACUCCACACCGAUCGGGCCCAGCUCUCCCAGCCUCUCAUCUACAACCUGGGGCACUUGCUGGGGCCCAGUCCCCACAACAGCCUCUCACACCCCCAUACCCAGGCCCACGCGCUCUCCAUGCCACCCCUAGAGUCUCUGAGGGUGGUAAGGAGCGAGGGGGAGGUAGGGGUUGGGGUAGGUACAGGAGCGGGGGCGGUGUACCCCUGCGGUCACUGCAGGGUGUGGUUUCUGGAUUACGUCAUGUUCACCAUCCACAUGGGCUGCCAUGGCUUCCGUGACCCACUGGAGUGCAAUGUAUGUGGCCAUCGCAGCCGGGACCGCUACGAGUUCUCCUCACACAUUGCACGCGGCGAGCACCGCCUGGAGUUGAAGUAGUGUAGACACACAUGUGCACGUGAACACACA